AUGCCGCCCUUAUCACCCUCCCUCACCUCCUUCUCCUCCCGUUUCUGGCGGUCACGCGCCCAUUUUCGCCCAAAGCGCGCUCUGCCGUCCCCCCCCCCCCCUUCCCCGUCCCGUCGCGCACACAUUGCGCUCCCGCUGCCGCGCGCGCUAAGCACCGUCCAGCAGCGCGCGCGCCUGCCCUUCCUUGCGGCGCGCCCUGCCCUUCCUCAAUCCGCCCCUUCCCUCACCCUCCUCCUCCUUCCCUCUCUCCUUUGUGCUUCCCCCCACUACCUCACCUCUUCCUCCUCCUAUUUUCUCUCCCCAUCUGCUGCGGCUCGCAGCUCCGUGUGGCGCGCCCUGCCCUUCCCACAAUCCGCCCCUUCACCCUCCUCCUCCUCUCCUCUCUCCCACUACUGUUUCCUCCUCCUCAUGGCGACCUCUCUCGCCCUCCCCUCCCUCCCUCUGUUGGUCCUUCAGCUUGCGCCCGAUGGCAGUGCAGUCAACUUCCCCAGUUGGCUGAACUGUCUUGAGCGCACACUAUCUGGCACCCUAGUGAGUGGCUUUAACCUCUGGUUUCUCACUCAGCAGAGUGGUUCUGUCGCCAUUCCUACCUCUCCCUCUGCACCCACCUCUUCCUCCUCUGACCCCUAUGCUGAUGGCCUCCGUGUUGCCAUUGCUGAAACUGAGCGGCUUGUGGCCACGGCGCAAGCCACCGCCACGGAUGCUCCUGAGAAUGGUGCUGCCCGUGACUUAGCUCGUAUUCUUACUGAGUCCCUCGAGAGCACCCGCAAGCGCCUCACUGAGCACCUCGCUGCCCCUUCUCCUCGCUGCCCCUUCUCCUCGCUCUGCCUCUACGCCCCUUUCCUCUGCUCCAUCUCACUCUGA